GUUUGUCUGACUGGGAUUUAUUGAUGAUCGAUGCAUCUUAUGUUUUAUAGCGCAGUAUAGAUUUCACAGGGAAGACCUCUGAAGGUUGAGAGUGGAGACUGCGGAAAUGUAUCGCUUCGCAUUUCUGCUUCUUACUAUAUCGGCAACACUCUUUCCUCUCCUCAGCAUCACGUUUUCAGCUGAACCAGUUGACGAUUUCAUCUCCCAAUUGCAUCAAGCCAAGUUCCGAAUCGCUCAGUUAGAAUCCACUCUUGAAGAAAACAAUCAGAAGUUGAGCGAAAGAAGCCUCUAUCUCAAAGAAUGUGAGAAGCGAAUAGAUGAAAUGUCGGAAAAAAUCCAUGAUCUCCAGUCUACUCUAUCUAGCAUUAAGGCUGAUUCGUUUCAUGCUGAGAAGGGACUCAAAGCUCUGGAGGAAGAGGUACAACUUCUUUGGGCUAAUUCAAGAAAGAACAACUUUGAUCUCCAUAUUUUGGAAUCUAAAGCACAAGAUGCUGAAAAGAGACUCAAAGAGGUCACUUCAGUAGUUGAAAAGAUAGGUGACAUAGUGACAGAGCAGUGGAUUCAAGUUCAGCAUCUUGAGCAGGCUCUUCAUAUUACUGAAAUGAGGACAAUGAAGGCUCGAAGGUUAGGAGGCUUUACAAGGUGCACAUUCUUCAAGUUCUUCAACAGCAUUCUUGACGAUUUCCGGGCAGUACAAUCAUAUCUGUUUGGUGACAGGAGUACAACCAAUUCUCUCAUCUCACAGGCUACGAAUCAGAUGAAGAGAUGUUUUUUAUUGGCCAAAACCUAUCACCACCAGCUUCAAGCUUUCAUCAAGGAUUUGAUGAAAAGACAUAAACUGACUGCAGCGUUUGCGAAUGAUGAAUUAGUUUUCUUCCUGGCUUCUGCUCUAAUUACCUUUCCAGUGAUGAGUGCCUGGAUGUUGCUCUCAUCUAGAACUUAAGAGCACCAAGCACACAAUACUGCCUUCCAAAGGAGAGUGUCCUCCAUGCUGCUUUGAGUGAUAACCUUCUCCCAACUCGUGCUAGGAGGACUAAGUGGUAGAUCGAUCUAAUUUUGAUAUUUAAUAGUAGAUAGUAGCGGCAAAUGAUUCGCUGGGUUUGAAUUUUGAUAGCUGAAUUUUUUUUGUUGGGGGUCAAUUUGUAUGAUUUAAUCCUCGGCCAAGAUAGCUGAAUUUUGAUUAGUGAAGCUUAACUGCUCUAGUCGAAUAAUAUGAAACCCAAAUUAUGUUUAUCUUCUUGAAAGAUGCGAACUACAUGUUAUUAGUC